UCAGGUAUAUGGUUACAGUGUCCCGAAUCCAAAUAUUAAUAAGUGCAAUUAAAAGGACUCUUAUUUUUUGUUAAUUAGAUGCGAGCGCCCGAUCAGGUGCGCGAUUCCGCGAUUGGCCAGCGUAGAGCUCUGCAAUACUUCGGCGUAUCGACACCACACCCUUGUAGCUCAUCGCUCACGACGAGGCCGAGUUGUUAUUACUGACAAUUGCUUUGUAGGCCAUUAAAUUGAGUGGUUGAUUUUGGGACUUAAAUGCCCCCAUGUGCGGGUAAAAUUAACGCGGUUAUUGUCUCCCCAUUUUGUACGUAACGCUGAGAAUUCAGCGUUUUCACUGGACGAAGCAGCGCCCGAGACGAAAAAUCUAAUCGGGGGACUCGACUGAACGUCAAUGUGAAAAAAUGGCAUGUUGUUUAAGCGACGAAGCGAAAGAACAGCGCCGAAUUAAUGAGCAAAUAGAAAGGGAGAUUCGGCGAGACAAGAGGAAUCAACGGAGGGAGCUGAAACUUCUUUUGCUAGGGACAGGAGAGAGUGGGAAAAGUACCUUUAUCAAACAGAUGCGAAUCAUCCAUGGAGCUGGCUAUUCUGAUGCAGAUAAAAGUGGCUUCAUCAAAAUCGUGUACCAGAACAUCUUUAUGGCUAUGCAGGCCAUGAUUAGGGCCAUGGACACGCUGAACAUUUCAUACACUGAUCCAUCCAAUGACGAGAACGGUCACAUGGUACGACAAGCCGAUUACGAGACCAUCACAACAUUUGAUGAACCGUACGUCCAUGCCAUCAAGGCUCUGUGGGUUGACGACGGAAUACAGGAGUGCUUCGACCGGAGGAGAGAGUACCAGUUAACGGACUCUGCUAAAUAUUACCUAGACGAUGUUGAUCGUAUUGCAAAUCCGAAUUAUUUACCAACGUUACAGGACAUAUUGCGAGUAAGGGUACCGACGACGGGCAUUAUAGAAUAUCCAUUUGAUCUGGAUAGUAUCAUCUUCAGUGAGAGCAUUAUAGAAUAUCCAUUUGAUCUGGAUAGUAUCAUCUUCAGAAUGGUUGAUGUAGGGGGUCAGAGGUCGGAGCGAAGGAAAUGGAUCCACUGUUUUGAGAAUGUGACAUCCAUCAUGUUUCUGGUGGCCUUGAGCGAAUAUGACCAGGUGUUGGUCGAGUCCGACAAUGAGAACCGUAUGGAGGAGUCCAAGGCUCUCUUCCGGAUGAUCAUCACGUAUCCAUGGUUCCAGAAUUCUUCAGUUAUCCUAUUUCUUAACAAAAAAGAUUUACUAGAGGAAAAAAUCAUGUUGUCACACUUGGUGGAUUAUUUUCCCGAAUUUGAUGGUGCAAAGAAGGAUGCCCAAGCGGCACGGGAGUUCAUACUGAGAAUGUUCGUAGAUCUAAAUCCUGACCCAGACAAAAUUAUCUAUUCUCAUUUCACAUGUGCAACAGACACAGAAAACAUCCGUUUUGUGUUUGCCGCGGUGAAGGACACCAUUCUGCAGCUUAAUUUAAAGGAGUAUAACUUAGUGUGAAAAGUCAAUGGAUGCACGUCAUUUUAAAAAAAAAAACCUGGAGGUCGAAAGGUUAACAUGACACUUCGAUCUCACAAGGUCAAGGUCAUUUUUCACUUUGACCCUGGUCAAUUUUUGCUGACCAUACACAAAAAUAACCUUGAAAAGUGUCCUUGUACAUGAGUAACAAAAAACUUUCAAAAAAAAAAAUUUACAAAAAAAGCGAAGAGCUGUACUUAAAGCUGUUCUAUUUGUGUGAUGCACAGUCCGUGAGCAGUAUCUAUGGAGACAAGAGAAUUUUUUUAUAUAUAUUAUAUAUACAUCUAUAUAUAUAUAUCUGAGUAUAUCUUCAUCAUCUCGCGUGAUAGGCAGUGCUGGGCUUACGCAGGAAUUUCCCACUAUUAACCUCUCCGUUAGUUUCAAUCUUUGGUUUCCUCGGACAGCAGAUGUUCAACCUUCGACUCCCUGCCCCCUUCUCCCCAUACAACAAAUUAUUUCCUAUGGAUCGGCUGCAGUGUCCAGAAGAUAUGGACAACGGUGUGUGAAUCGGGGAUGCUGGGAUUGGUCCCGAGGAUGAGAAAUACUAGGAAAAAUUUUUAUUAUGCAAAGCUGCACUGUGUUGAAACCUCAUCUUUAUGAAAAAAGAAACAUAACUUUUCUUUACAUGAAAGGAAAACAGCUGUGAAGUUGAAUAUUUUUUUCUUUCAAAGAGGAAAAAGCAGGACUCGUCAUCAGAAAUACCAUUGAUCCCCAUUUAAUUUCCACAACAACUGUUUCUCCAAUUAUCCCCCUCCUUCCCAUUUCAUCUCCCCUUGUGCGCCCCCUAGUGGUGACAAAAGACAAAACCAGUACAAACAUUGUGUGUUGUGUAUGUGAUUUUAAAUAUUGUGGUGUAUUUUUUGUAAAAUUGCCAAGGGAAGUAACUCAGUUAUAAAACAUGUAAAGGAUCUUGGGCUUUGUGAUUAUCGUUCUACCCCCCCCCCAGGGCAUAAUUGAGUUUUGUUAUUUGAGUGAUUAACGGCCUGGGACAUCACUCACUUUCCCCUCACACAUUUCUGUUCUGUUCUUUUGUAUUGUGUGCAUAAUGAAAGUUUUAGAUUAUUUGUUUUUAAAAAAGUGUCAACUUUUGGCAAGGUUUUUGUUUCAAAUGUUUGAUCUGAAGAUAACAUCCAAAGUGGUAUAUAUAUAUAUAUAUAUAUUUUUUUUUUUUUGGCAUAAUGUAAUGGAUGUUAAUAUUAUUUCAUAGCAUGUAACGCGAAAAAGACCAUUAGUUUUUCACUGCUUGAGUCGCGGUCUUUAAGUGUGUUCGACGCGAUGGAGUUCAUUUCAACACCUGUGAAUAUCUAACCGUGCUCUACUUCCGGUCAGUCGGUGGACGAUGAAGAAAUAAGAUGUGUUAUAACGCUGACAGAUUGGGAGAUAUGAAUAACUGUAAAACAAUAGGUCAAAACGGGGGUGGGGGGUGACCUUCGCCAUUGUGUUCAUGUUCUAGAUUUUGACUGAAGUUGGGGGAUACUGAGCAUUGUCGGACCUGAGGAAUUGUAUUAACGGAUGAGAUGAAGGAUAUACCUUCAUACGUCAGCAUGUAGUCAUCAUUCUGGGUUUUUUUGGGGGGGGGGGGGGGGGGUUCAGUAUGUCAAGUUUGCAUAAUAUUCCUCUCCCUUGUGACCUAGGGUGUUAAACUUUUACAUUUUAAAUUUAAACGUUAUAAAGGUGCAUCUCUGAAAUACGAAUGACAUGACGUUACGAAUUGAUGUACUAAUUAAGAGGACACGUUAAUUAUUCACAUGGGUGAUCUGAUGGCUCCAGAUGUGAGAAACGAAACCCUGGAGACGGUGGUACCUUGAGACGGACACAUUCCAUUUCACAUUCAGUCACGGUCUAUUUUCAGCCUAAUGUUAAGUUUUUUUCUUCCCCUGGGUUCAGUGUAACAUGAUUUAUUAUUGAAGGUCAUUUAAUUUAAUGUCAGCUUUGGCUUCUGCCGGAGAAUGUCGAGACGGUCACAGACAAGCAUUUUAUGUAUUCUGUUCUGAGCUACAGGAUGUGGAAAUCUUUUAUCAUUGAAGGUAAUUAAAGGUCACCCAUGUGUCUUGGAACUUUUGAUUUUUUUUAUCUGUACUUCAGAAAUUGUAAUGUCAACAGAACAAUUUGAAAGAAACUUUCAUUAAUAAUUUGUCAGUUCCCCCUUCUCUUUAAUGAGGUUUAGUGUUGGGGGGAGGGGGGGGUAUUCAAUAUGUAAUGAGGUAUAGUGGGGUGGGUAGGGGGUAUUCAAUCUAUAAAGAGGUAUAGUGGGGUGGGGGUAUUAAAUUUAUAAAGUUAUAGGUCUGCCAAGGUGAAAAAGAUUGUUUUAUUUGAUGGUGCCAGGCAAACACAGACCAGAUGUGGUACUGUUCCUGUCUAUAAAAUGGUCUGUCCUGACAGGGCAUUGUGUUCAUGUGGGUAAAGGUGUAUGUUGAUAUAUGAGGAAUUAUACGGCCUGACUGUUCUCCCAGUGUUUCACAGCUAAAGGAUCCAUCUCUUCUAGUCUCCAGCGGUUACUUUGCUUCUUGUAUUCCCCUUGUGUUGGCCAUUUUCCAUUCUGAGAGACACAGAUCAGAAAAAGUGCAAUAAUUAACAUGUAGAAUAUUGUUGUGUGGGAAAUAUGUUAGGAACCAUCUAGGCAUCUACAAUUUUUACAUGUGUACAUUGUCAAGUGUGUGUAAAUUUGUAAGUAGGUAAUAGGUCAAAGGUGAUUGUCAAGCUUAUCUCCAUGGAUACCAGUUUAUAAAUAUUUGUUAUCGAUAGUCUCAUACAGACAUACACAAACCGUGAAUUGGAUUAGAAGCUGUAGAUUUAACUUGGAGACUUGUGUAUACUGUUUUGCAUUUGUAUCAUUGGUUGACACAAGUCACAUGUCCAACAUGUGCUAUUCUUAGAACAUCAGUCACAUGACAUCACAUCAUGUGACUAAGGUAUUUUUUUUUUUUUUUUUUUUUUUCUAUUUUUUUUUUUUUUUUUUACCAAAUGUAGAAUUUCUACGAUAGGUGUUUUUCAUUCGAUGUGUGUGUAUUCUGUUCAUUGUCAAUGGAUUUAAUGAUUUAAAAAAAACAAGGCCCCUUGUGUCGGUAAAAAACAACAAACAAGGCCCCUUAUGUCAGUAAAUGUUUUGAGUACACUUGUUUAACAUGAGAAGAGAGUUGGACUUUGUAAUAUAUGUGGUGUGUGUGAUUUCACUAUUGCCUGUACUCGAGAAAAAGUGUGGGAGUUUUUUGAGAGAGAGGAUGUGCGAUAUUAUUUUUUUUUUUUCUGAAUAUCGUUAUGACUAUGUAAUGCUGGGUUUAACAUACACUGAUUCUUGUAGUGCAUUGUACAGUCAGUCUCCCAUUGGAUCACAGAAAGAUCUUCAACUUGACGAUUCCAAAUUCUGAAAAAAAAAAAAAUUGGCUUUGUGUUACCAGUUGUGAUAAUAUUGUGUGUGUAUUAUACUCAGAAUGAAAUGUCUUUUGUUUUUCAAUUGAAUUCAAUGAAAAUUUUAACAUUCUUUAAAAAGACAGAUGAAAAGAUGUAAUUUGAAUUUUCUAUUCACUAGGCUUGUUUUGGUAUGGGAUGUAAAAUUUAACAACAGGAAAUGACGUAUUGUUGUAAUUCCAGAAUAUCGUUGUGUAAAGAUAAAAAAAACCUGUCCUAGAACUGAUUACAUAGUAGCUCUCUCUCUCUCUCUCUGCAUGUUGAUAGAUUUUUACGCUUAUUUUUAAUGAUGGAGAAGGGCCGUGUUUUAUAUAUAUAUAUAUAUUUUUAACUGCAGUCUUGUGUGAACAGGGGGUAUGACUAUAUAACUGCAGAGACAUGUUUCGUUCUGACAGGUAAAACUGUUUAUUCUCUAAGCGUUUGAGAGACCCGGCGAUUUUAGAGGCCCGUAUGUGGUUCUCUCCGUUGAUUCGUCAGUCCAUAUUAUUUAUUGUCACCAGUCAAUUAAAGCUUAAACUGUA